UGGGUCUCCUUAGUGCUGCAUGCACACCUGACAGGCAGCUGUUAAACUGAGCAAAGGGAAGCUUGGGGAGUCACAAUCUAUGCAUAAAUGAUAGGGGUCUCUCUGCUGAAGUCAGAAGAGGCAGAAGUGGAUGUGAGAGACAGACACACACAGAGACACAGAGAGCGAAAGAGGGCAAGAGACUUGACUUUAAGAGACUCCUGCACUGACAACUCCAUGCAGUUCGGAACAAGAACGGCAGCGACCGACUCUGGUUUCAUGGGGACAUGGCAGAACACUGACACUAACCUCUUAUUCAGAAUGUCCCAACAGGCCAUCCGCUGUACACUGGUAAAUUGCACAUGUGAAUGUUUUCAGCCAGGGAAGAUUAACCUGAGAACCUGUGAUCAGUGUAAACAUGGCUGGGUGGCACAUGCCUUGGACAAACUUAGUACUCAGCACCUCUACCACCCAACCCAAGUGGAGAUUGUGCAGUCCAAUGUUGUGUUUGACAUCAGCAGCCUGAUGCUCUACGGUACUCAGGCUGUGCCAGUGAGACUGAAGAUACUGCUUGACCGACUCUUCAGUGUACUGAAGCAAGAGGAGGUGUUGCAUAUUCUACAUGGCUUAGGCUGGACACUUCGAGACUAUGUUCGAGGCUACAUUCUUCAGGUAGGAAACAAAGCAAAGCAUGUUUUCAAACCCAGUUAACUGAAUUUUUUAUUGUUGAUGUAUGGAUGUAGCAUACACAUUUGGGUGAUGGUGCACCCAAAGAGGUAGAAGGAUAUGAAGUGAAUUUAGUCCAGCAUGUUGAAGCCUAAUGAUGGUGUUGGCAAAAUAAAAUACUCAAUUUUUCCUAAGCUAAAAAAAAUACAGGUACCUUCAUACCAUCAUAUUUAUUUGUACUUGAUUAUGUUUAUGGUAGGAAAUACCUUAAAUACUGCAAAUACUGAGGUUAGCUACCUGCAAGCAUGAUCUGGCCAUCAAAGGCAACUGACAAGUUUUCAAGAGCUACUGUUUGACUUGGGAAACUAAGAUGCAAGUCAGCAGCUCUGUCAUCUUUUCUUUCCUUCUUUAGAAAGGUGCCUAAAAUGUAUAGAUGAAAUGGGGGUAGUGAUCAUGAUUAUAUUGGAAAAUAUCCUUACGUAUAAAGAGGAAAAUCCUUUUUUUAAGACCAUUUUUGAAACAUAGCUUUAAAUAAAGUGUUGUAUGCAGAUAGUUGAAAUAGAUAAUCAAAAGAAAAAUAUGUUUAACAGAAAAAUGAAUGGGUUGGCUUCAUGAGUAUGGUCAUAAAUAUAUGUAUAGUUUCUUAUCUGAAAAAUUUCAUAAUCUGUUGAGUUCCAAAGUGAAUUUUUACAUUUUGUGAGAUGAUGUCUCAUUAAUAACCCAAUCCUACAUACUUUUGAAUUCUCUUAAUUGCUACUGACUUUGUAGGAGCUCUUCAUCGUCCAGAAUUCUUCCAGUUAUUGAAGUGGAUGUGCCUAAAAAACUUCGAAAAUUUUAGUUGCUGAUUCAUUACUUUUGUAGGCAAUGGUAGCAUGCUUAGAACUUUAUGGAAAAUAUGGGAUUUUUACCUGCUCUGAGAAAUUGUGACUCUGUUUCUUAAUUACUCUUCAGGCUUCUGUACUUUGUGUGAAAGAAGUAAAUUAGCUUUAUGAGAUUCUAUGGAAAACUUCACCUUCUGUGCUUGUAAAUAUUUUCUUAAAUAUUUUCUUAAAUGCUCUUUAUCUGGGGUUUUCACAGAAAAACAUACUGAAUUGCAAAACAAUCCUAGAAGAAGAAAACUAAAAAGGUUUAUACUUUAUUAAUGAAAUCUUUUUAUUCUUGUUAGGACAUACAGGGAAUGAAGCUCUUUAAUUGCUUCGGGAUUCUCGCAGGCAUCUAUUUCAUAAAGGCUAAGUGUUAUACCUAUUCAAAUAGAACAGAAUCCAUUUUCCAUUACUAGUCUAAAAUUAAUGUAUAAUCCAUCAUAUUUGUACAGUAGGUAUCUAUGAUGUUUUUAAGAUAUAAAUGUAUGGUUAUAUAUUUAUAAGUUUUACGUAUUAUAUAUAAUUAAGAUAUGUACUGGGAUUAUGGGCAUAUUACAUUGUAUUUAAGAGUCCUGAAUCCUGAAUACUACUGAUCCAGAGGGCUGAAAAAAUUUAAUUUGUAAAGGAAUAUAUGUAAAAAAAUGCACAAAUUUUAAGAUAUAAUAUUAGAAAUGUGCUGGUUACUAAAUGUGAUUAAUAAUUAUGUGUCUCUUAUAGACAAGAAGACUGACUGAAAUCAUUAGUUUUCUUGUUUUAAAGGCCGUUGAAUCAUGCUCAUAUUGAUUUUGUUUUCACUAUCUUUUGGAAUUAUCUCAAUAUAUGCAAGAAUGGCUUGUAAUAUAAUUAGAUGUUUAUAGACUGAGAUUGUGACCUAUGCAUCUGAAAGGUGUAAAGACCUGUAAUACCCCAUUAGGUCACAGUUCAGUUUUUCUGGCUAAAACUCAGUCACGUUGGAGCCCCUAAGGCAUGAAUUUCGACAUUACUAUAUUCAACAACAGUAUAUUUAAUAUUAUGCUAUUUAAAUGAGAACAAUUAUCAGGGAAAGUUAAGGGCAGCUGUUACAGACUUGCCACAUAUUGACUUCAUUAUCACUCGACUGUAGAUUUUCUUAAUGAGUGAAUGAAGACCUAUGAUAGGUGUGUAGUCGAGCAUCCCUGUUAAUUUAGAUGGCUAAUUUCAAAGAAUGACACACUGGUCAAGGUCAGAAGGGAGGUCAUCUUGUCCAAACCUUCUGUCCAAGCAGAGUCACCUAGAACUGUUUGUCCAGGACCAUGUCCAGAUGGCUUUUGAAUAGCUCCACAGGAUCUCUAGGCAAAAAGUGCAAUUUGUUUCCAUUAAAGCUAAAAAACUCAGUAUAUGGCAGGAAAGGAAAAUGAUUAGUAAAACAUACAUGCAGGGAAACCUUGGGAAAAUUAAUUAAAUCUAUGAUAAUAAAAAUGUCUUCUUUAAAAAUAGCUCUAUUGAAAGUAUAUGUUCGAAAGGAGAAAAGGAGUAUGCAGAGAAAUUUGAAAAGAAAUGUGUAGUAACACUAGCACAGUAAAGGUGUAUACAGGUAAUGUCUCCUUUGAAUAAAAGACAUUGAAGCUUAUCCUUACUGACUGAAACUUUUCAAAGAAUUGCUUGAGGCUUUCAGACUCAGCUUUUACAUACAGAAAAUUCUGAAUGAAAUGUUGUAAGCAUUGCACUCCUGUAGGAGUAUCAAAAGUAUCAAGUACCAAAACAAAUCAUCCAGAGUAUCACGAACCAUGGGAUUUUUGAUAGGCUAUCAUGCAGUGAACUGAGGAUCAUGUGAAUCUCAGUCAGGAAUUAUAGUUCUUUGUAAUUUGUCUGUCCAAACCCACCUAAGUUAUCUGCUAAUUCCAGUCAAUGCUAGUAAAUUUACGUACUCAUUGUAUAUCAAAUACAGAAAUAUGUACCUGUAGGAAAAGGUUUGCUAUGGUAGUGUAGUUAGAGAAGACAUAAUGUAGUAAAAAUAAUAUUUUAUACUUGUAACUUUACAGAAUCAUGUAUAACACUGUUCUCCCGUUUUUUCUCAGGGGAAGAAAAACAGGAGGCUUAGUAGCAAGAGAAGUAGCAGAACAGAAAAGGGUAAUAGUUGUAACAGAUUCCAGAAUACUUUAUCCAGGCUUGAGUUCCAGUGUUCGUUAAUUAACCACCAUGCAAGAGAUUUGUAAAACUGGCACAAAACUGGAGUUUUGUGCUUUGGAAUGGUCUAAGACAUCCUCCUGUGUUGAAUUUGCCUUCAAAAUGAUGGAAGUGUUAAAAUAUUUUAACAUUUUCUCUAAAUGGAGGCAUUAUUGAGGAAUAGGGUAGAAGUAUCCACUCAAAAUUGAUUACUAUUGUCAGGUGAUUUCCACAACCAAUCAACCAAAAAAACCCCAACAACUAGCCAACCAAACAACACCCCUGCAAACCUCACAACUAUUUCCUUGUAAUUUUAGAGAAAAAGCACGUGUCUUGCUCCACUGGAGAAACAAGAGAAAAACAGUUGUUUAUUAGUACUGCACAAUGGUUGGGAUUAUUUAUAAUACCUUCAUUUUGGGCAGGGAAAAAUGUAGUAUUUGUGCCUUCAUUCUGUGAAUGCAUUAAUAGAGUGCAGGAAGUCAAGAAACCCUGAAGCCUCAGAGGUAAAUUGAUAACACCGCCUUUCACACUAGGGCAAUAUUGCCAGUAAUGGCUGAAAGGCAUUAAGACCUAGCAAGAUUCUCUGGCCACUGUGCAAUAAAUCAACUUUCUAGUGAAUAGAUACCUAUCAAUGAAAUUUUAGUGACAAUUUGGUCACCAAUCUCGUCAGACUGUCAGACUGUCACAGGAGUAAUGUUUUAGCAGAGGAGCUGUUCUCCUAUCCUCAGAACUGAUCCUCAAAAAAACUAUGGUAUAGAUGGAUGUUCUGGAUUGUGUUUGCUCCAUAGGACUUCAGAGUGCUUCAGAUUUUAGGCUUGUUUUUUCUAUCUCAAGGAACUUAUUUACUGUAUUAGGUGUCAACCUGUAUGUGGUUAGUGAGCCUGUAAGUUUUCUCUUAUGGGAACACCUAACUUCACGUGUCUUUUACAUGACAAG